CUAGAUCUAUUAUCUAUAUCUAGAAUCUAGAUCUAACGAAAAACAAUAGACUAGUUUUAAAUUAGUUUUAAUGUUUAGCACAGGCUUGAUACAGCCUAGCUUAGAUUUAGAUUCUAGAUCUUCUACUUGUUGUUAGUUUAUUACAUUACUUUGUACAGGACUUCGUCACUUCAUUUCAUUUAGAGUUAGGCAGUUAUUACAGUACUGUACUACUCACUGAGUACUCUACAGUUAUUUAAACAUUAUUAGUUAUUACUUAUUAGGCAAUAUUAGGCCCUAUAUUUGUAGAAUUUCAUCAUUUAAUAUUUAACGAGACUAGCUAUAUUGAGUCACACACAACCCAGCCUAUCAGAAAUACAUUCAUUCAUUGAGGUUGAGUGAUUCAGAUAUGAUGCCAGUAACAGGAGAAUUUGAAGAGGAAUUCCCAGAAGGUCACAUAGAUUAUAGACAGAAAUACAAAGCCCUGAAAAAGAAAAUGAGGCUGCUGGUCUAUGAACAAGAAUGUUUCCUGGAUGAACUGCGGAAAGCCCAGAGAAAGCUUUUAAAGGUCUCUAGAGACCGAAGUUUUCUGCUGGAUAGGCUCCUGCAGCAGGAGAAGGUAGAGGAUUCCUCAGGAGAGUCGGAUGCCACUAACUCUACAGACACAGAAGAUGGUGGACAGCCAGGACCUGUUAAAAAACGUAGGCUCGUCAACCAACCGUCAUCGGCAGCUGAGCUAGCUCAGAUGAUGCAGUCUUCUGCUAAACACAUCACAGGAGGUGAUACACAUGUAACUAAAAAGAAGAGCAAAAGUUCUGGAAAGAAGAGCAGUAAAUCUAAUAGCCAGAAGUCUGCUGCUGUGAAAUUAGAAUCUCCCGGUCAGAUGACUAGGGAAGAGCUAGAGCGCCACCUAGAGUCUAAAAGACAUGAAUUUGGUAUUGAAAAGGCCACAGCUUCAUUGCCUAUGGAAAUAUUCAGUAAUGAUCCCAAUCAAGAGAGUGAUCCUGGAGCAGAUGGGGGUGAGGAAGAUGAAGACGAUCUUGUUAUUGAUGUGCCGCAUUAAAUUUGUUGUAAAAUUGACAACUGUUUUAUGAAUCAAGUGUAAAUAAAGCAAGACUACUUGCUGUGGAAGAAAGUACAGUUAAAAUAGUAAAGUCUCUUUACAACCCUAAAAGUCAGUGCAGCAAUCCAUUUAUUUGGUUAUUUUGAACUGGUAUUAAUUUGUAAACAUCUUUGGGUUUUUUUUUAAUGUUUUUUUUUGGUAUUUUAAAAAAUGGUGUUAAAGUGUUAAAUAGUAUUCCUUCACGGCUAGUAAUAUUGUAUAAAAAAAAAAAUUUGGAGGACCACUGUCAACUGGGAGCUUGUUUGGGCAGCAUUCAGCUGUGCAGUGAGCAGCAUUAGAACUAUCUCCACCAGCCCUGCAAGCUCCCUAUUAUAAAAAUAAGACUUACACUAGAUCUUAGGGUUGAACCUGGAGCCCUUGAGUGGGUGCCAUAAGCUCUAGUGCUCAAUACUUUACUUCCAUUUGUCAUCCUGCAUUAAUAGUUUAUAUCUUACUUUUUAUAAAAGUAUGUUAUUUCCAUAAAUUAUAGACCAACUGUAAUUUUUUCAUUAAAAAUUCAAGGCUAAUAUUUUUAACAUGUUGAAUGUUAUUGAUUUUUUAAAUUUAAGAAAACAAUUGAAUAAACCAACUUAAAAGUUUAUUUAUUUCUGUACUAUUAAAUGUAUAUAAUGAAGAGCACUUAGUAAUGUUAUUGUAAAUAUUUUUAUACAUUGUUACUAUUUUGUUGCACACUCAUACGAAAUAAAUUUGAUG